AUGGCCACCCCGCACGCUGCCUCGCCCGCGCGCGGUCCCACACCGGCAGAUCUGCAAUCGCAUCUCUACCAGUCCUUCCUCACCCGCAAGACCGCCGACGUCGCGCUGCGCGUCCGCGGCUCGUGGCAUGCGAUCUACAAGCUCCAUCGCGUCAUCCUCAUCCAAGCCGGAUUCUUCCAAUCGCUAUUCACGUCGGGCUUCGUCGAGUCCAAGGCGAAGCUCGCGAGCAGCAGGCGAGCAGAGCCCGAUGUCAUCGAUAUGAUUGUAUUCGACGACCCCAACAUCACCCGUGCCGACAACACUAGAGUAUGCAUUGCUCGAUUGUACGGCGGCGGUCCACCACUGCACGUCGCGUCCUCCUUAAUACCUACGCCCUCGCAGCCGCUCACGCCCGCCUUCCCUUAUCCCUCGUCUGCGCGAUCAUCGUCAACGCCGGCUGGCCACCACCGAGCAACUCCACGUUUCCUCCUCUCCCUCCUCGCCACUUCACUAUUCCUGUCCAUGCCCGCCGUCGCGUCCGAGGCGCUCCAGAUGAUCCUGAGCACCGUCGGGCCGUAUACGGCGGUGCGUUACCUCCAUUUCGCGCUGGGACACGGGAUCGGGCCACCCGACAACGACGAGCCUGGUGACGGACACGAGCCAGCGGUGGGCCUGGAGAGUGUCGCCGAGCUGGCGCUCGCGAUGCGCGCCGAACCGGACAGCGGGUCCUCGCAGGAGGACGAGCUCUGCAAGGAGGGCCCCGCGUCGGCCACGUCCGACGACUCGGGCUCGGACAUGGACGUGGGCACGGACGACUACGAGGCGGAGUCGCGGCGCGCGCCCGAGCCCGCGUACGUCUACGGCGCGGUGUCGAACAAGAUCGGGGAGGCGGCGGCGUGCUGGCUUGCGCGCUGGGGCGCGGACAUCCUGCACUGCGAAGAGGACGUGACGCGCGGGCACGCGCAGAGCAAGAGCGAGGACCAGGGCGGCGGGCGCAAGCGCACGUCGACGGCGCCGUCGCGCUUCGCGGAGCGCGCGCGGAACGGCAGCGCGGUGGGCGGCGCAGACACGCGCGAGAUGGCGGUGCCUGUGGUGUGGCGGUGUGGCGGGCUGGACGCGCGGUGGGUGCGCGGGCUGCUGUCGAGCGACGCGCUGUUCGUCAGAGGUGAGCGCGAGCGGUACGAGAUGGCGAAGACGGUGGUGGAGAUGCGGCGGAAGGAGGGCAUCGACGAGGAGGAGGAGAAGGAGUGGGAGGCGCUGUUCCGGACGGGCAUAUACUACGAGAACAUGAUUCUGGACGACGUGAUUGCGAUUUCGCGGGACGCGUCGCCGUCGACGGGGCAGCACUUUGUGCCGCUGUCGGUGCUGCAGGCGUCCCACUGGGCGCAGGACGUGCUGCGACAUCGCAUCACUGCGAGGCCGGCAUCGGGACCUCUUUCGCCGCCGCUUUCGCCAUCACAGCGCGACAAGGAGCUGGGGAUCGCGCUGUCCGCUUCCGAUGUCGCCUCGCUCGUGGCACAGGAGAGGGACACGUCGUUGUACCCUGUGCCGGGCGACUCUUCGAUUCGCAUCGGAGACACCGCUGGCAUCGAUGGCGCGUCCAUGGAUCAGCUCUUCGAUUUGGGCUCGCCUUCAAAGAUGGAUGCACCCAAGAAGACGGUGCCGACGUCCGAAGCGAACUUCUUUGGCCUGCAGCAGCAGCGCUUUCCCGCGUCGACGAUCGCCUCUUUCUCGGGCUCCCCCGUGUCCCCCGUCACACCGGGGACGAGCAAGUGGUCACCGCAUCCGCCGUAUCGGUUCUCUGUGGAGUUCUGGGACGUCGACUCGCUCAAGGAGAAGAGCCGUCUGCACAGCCAUACCGUGUGGUAUGCCGGGAGCCUGUACAACGUGUACGUGCAGGUCGUGCGGAAGAAGGGCGUGCAGCUCGGGGUUUAUCUCCACCGCCAAUCCUCAGUCGAUCCGCUUCCGGCGUCGUCGGCACCAUCAGCCCCCGCGGCGCGUGCGCCAGGGCAGACUCAGGGGCAGGGGCUGCAGGUGCAGAACAGGCCGCCCUCUGCGAGUGUCUCGACCCCGCGCCCGCCAUCGCUCCACUCGCCGUCUCAGGGCUACUCCGGCAGCAGCAGCAGCAGCACGACGCUCGGCGCGGGCAACACGCUCCCGGCGACGGCGCCCGCAGUGUCGCCGCAGCAGCCGUACCGCGACCAGCGCGCGUCGGUGUCGGCGUACUUCGCGAUCGCGUGUGCGAGCGCGACGGGCGCGAGCCUGACGCGCUUCACGAGCGCGCCGGACGUGUUUUCGGUGAGCCAGAGCUGGGGCUGGAAGUCGAGCUCGCUCAGGACGGAGGAGUACAUCGAAGUCGGGCCGGACGGGCAGCCGCGCGAGGGGCGAGGGGCGCCAGCGGGGCGCGAGGUGAGCCUGAGGGCCACGGUUGUUCUGGGGGUGGUGUAA